CUCAUUUCUAAAACCUCACGCACAGACGCGCACACGCUUCGUGGCCUCCGCCUUCAUCUUCCUUCCUUUCUCACUUCUCUUUCCCCAGAUCUCUCCCACAAAUGGCCUCCAUAACUGGAACCACCAUCUCCGCGACCUCUCUUUCCAGCUGUUUCAAGCACAGACCGGCCUCUCUUGCUGGGAUCUCUAAGCCAAACUCAGUUUCCCUUUCAGUUAAAGGGAAAACUUUUCCAUCCAUUCAAUUGCAAUCAAGGUCAUCUCGAUUUCAAGUUAAAUGUGCAGCUAAACCGGAGACAGUUGACAAGGUGUGCGAGAUAGUCAAGAAACAAUUGGCACUACCCGAUGGCUCCUCCGUCAAUGGAGAGUCCAAAUUUGCUGCCCUUGGAGCUGAUUCUCUUGACACGGUUGAAAUUGUGAUGGGACUUGAAGAGGAGUUUGGUAUCAGCGUUGAAGAAGAAAGUGCCCAGAAAAUUACCACCGUUCAAGAAGCAGCUGACAUGAUUGAGGAGCUGAUUGCAUCUAAAGCUGCUUAAACUAUCAUAGAGUAGUCUGAAGUUUAUUUUAAACAGGUUCGCCAUAUUGGCUGAAGGGAUUCAGAAGUUACCGAUUUUAUCUUCUUAUUUCAGUAUGAGCACUCUCUUCUAUGACUCUUGGAUCAGUAUUAUUCAUUUGUAGAACUUAAAUGACUUUUGUGAUUUUAAAUUUUCAUGUCAUUUGCGGAAAGUUUACUAUGUAAUUGUGAUUUACGAGAUUUGCCCCUCCCCAACCCCCGAUUUUUAUUUUUUAA